AUGAGGGCCGGCGCCCGCCCGCCGCCGCCCGUGCUGGCUGCGCUGCUGGGGCUGCUGGGGCUGUGCAGCGCCCAACGCCCCGCCGCCCGCCAGGCCCUGGUGCUGCCGCGCCGCUUGGGCGCUGCCGGCGGCCGGGAGCGCUUCCGCCUGGAGGCCUUCGGGGAGCGCCUGACGCUGGAGCUGGAGCCCGACAGCAGCUUCCUGGCCCCGGACUUCACCCUGCAGUACCUGGGCGGGCCGCCGCCGCCCUCCUCCUCUCCGCCGCCGGGAGACGACCUCGCCCGCUGCUUCUACUCCGGCACCGUCAACCGGGACCCCGGUUCUGCCGCCGCCCUCAGCCUGUGUGCGGGGAUGCGCGGCGCCUUCUCGUUGCGGGGUCGCGAGUAUCUCAUCCAGCCCGCGCCCGGAGCCGCGGGGCACCGCUUCGGUCCCCACCUCCUCCGCCUCCGCGGGCCCCGCGCUCCCGCCGCAUCCCGCUGCGCCGUGACCGAACCGGGGGCGGGAGCCGAAGCGGCGGGACCGGAACCGGAGCCCUCGGGGCACGCAGAAACGAGAAGCAAAAGAAAGAAAAGAUUCGUCUCCAGUCCCCGCUACGUGGAGACCAUGCUGGUGGCCGACCAGUCGAUGGCCGAGUUCCACGGCAGCGGACUGAAGCACUACCUCCUGACGCUGCUCUCAGUGGCGGCCAAGCUGUACAAGCACCCCAGCAUCCGCAACUCCAUCAGCCUGGUGGUGGUAAAGAUCAUGGUCAUCUACGAGGAGCGCAAAGGACCCGACAUCUCCUCCAAUGCUGCCCUGACUCUGCGCAACUUCUGCAGCUGGCAGAAGCAGCACAACCCGCCCAGUGACCGGCACGCCGAGCACUAUGACACUGCCAUCCUCUUCACCAGGCAGGACCUCUGUGGUGCCAAGACAUGUGAUACUCUUGGGAUGGCCGAUGUGGGAACCGUUUGUGAUCUAAACCGCAGUUGCUCUAUCAUAGAAGAUGACGGCUUGCAGGCUGCCUUCACAACAGCCCAUGAGCUAGGCCACGUGUUUAACAUGCCUCAUGACGAUGCAAAGCAGUGUGCUGGCAUUAAUGGAAUAAGCCGGGAUUUCCACAUGAUGGCAUCCAUGCUUUCCAACCUGGAUCGCAGCCAGCCCUGGUCUCCGUGUAGUGCCUACAUGAUUACAACAUUCUUGGAUAAUGGUCAUGGUGAGUGUUUGUUGGACAAGCCCCACAGACCAAUCCAGCUUCCUUCUGACCUGCCCGGCACGCUGUAUGAUGCCAACAGACAGUGCCAGUUCACUUUUGGAGAUGAAUCCAAGCACUGCCCUGAUGCAGCCAGUACGUGCACAACUCUGUGGUGUACCGGCACUUCGGGAGGACUGCUCGUCUGCCAAACCAAACACUUCCCUUGGGCGGAUGGUACCAGUUGUGGGGAAGGGAAAUGGUGCAUGAAUGGCAAGUGUGUGAAUAAAACUGAGAAGAAGCAUUAUGAUACCCCAGUGCAUGGCAGCUGGGGGUCCUGGGGAGCGUGGGGAGAGUGCUCACGGAGCUGCGGUGGCGGUGUGCAGUAUUCUUUCAGGGAGUGUGACAACCCUGUUCCGAGGAAUGGGGGGAAGUACUGUGAGGGGAAGAGGGUGCAGUACAGGUCAUGCAACAUCGAGGACUGCCCGGAUAACAAUGGCAAAACCUUUAGAGAAGAACAAUGUGAAAAGCACAAUGAGUUUUCCAAAUCUGCCUUUGGAAGCGGACCUGCAGUGGAGUGGACACCCAAGUAUGCUGGUGUCUCUCCAAAGGACAGAUGCAAACUGGUCUGCAGAGCAAAAGGAACGGGAUACUUCUUUGUUUUACAGCCAAAGGUUGUGGAUGGCACCCCGUGUAGCCCCGACUCCACCUCCGUGUGCGUCCAGGGACAGUGCGUGAAGGCUGGCUGUGACCGGAUGAUAGGCUCCAAUAAGAAGUUUGACAAAUGCGGGAUCUGCGGUGGCAAUGGAUCCACUUGUAAAAAAGUGUCUGGAACACUUGUUAGAGCAAAACCGGGCUACCACGACGUGGUCACCAUUCCAGCUGGGGCAACCAAUAUCGAGGUGAAGCAGAGGAACCACAGAGGUGCUAGGCAUGAUGGCAGCUUCCUGGCCAUCAAAGCUGCAGAUGGCACCUAUGUCCUCAACGGUGAUUACACCCUGUCAACGCUGGAACAGGACAUCACCUACAAGGGCAGUGUGCUGAGAUACAGCGGCUCCUCUGCAGCUCUGGAGAGGAUCCGCAGUUUCAGCCCUCUAAAGGAGCCUCUGACCAUCCAAGUCCUCACAGUGGGGGACCUGCCACAGCCUAAGAUCAAGUUCACCUAUUUUGUGAAGAAGCCUGCUCAGCCUGCGUCAGAGAAGGUGCCCAGUAAAAAGAAAGAGUCCUUCAAUGCCAUCAAGGAGAUCAUCUCCUCUGAGUGGGUCAUUGAGGAGUGGGGCGAGUGCUCCAAGUCGUGUGGCUCAGGCUGGCAGCGGCGGGCAGUGGAGUGUCGGGACCCCCAGGGGCGGCCAGCCACUGACUGUGCCCGGGAGCUGAAGCCCAGUGAUAUCCGUCCCUGUGCUGAUAUUCCCUGCCCACAGUGGCAACUGGGGGACUGGUCGGCUUGCUCUAAGACGUGCGGGAAAGGUUUCAAAAAGAGGUUGUUGAAAUGUAUUUCUUACGAUGGCGGCGUGCUGCCACAAGAAAGCUGUGAGCCUUCCAAGAAACCGAAGCACCUGAUAGACUUCUGCAAUGUUACGGACUGUAGUUAAAUAGUAUAAGUUGGGAAAGCUAAUGUUUUUUUUUUUUUUU